AGCGGGGUCACGGCCCGGCGGCGCGAACUGGGCCUCGCGGCGUGCGGGCCUCGCAGUGGGUCAGGGCAGCCCGGUGCCCGGCGCCAUGUCCCGGAACCUGCGCACCGUGCUCAUCUUCGGCGGCUUCAUCUCCCUGAUCGGCGCCGCCUUCUACCCUAUCUACUUCCGGCCCCUAAUGCGGCUGGACGAGUACCAGAAGGAGCAAGCCGUAAAUCGAGCUGGUAUUAUUCAAGAAGAUGUGCAGCCACCAGGGUUAAAAGUGUGGUCUGAUCCAUUUGGCAGGAAAUGAGAAGGCUAUCACCACCUCGAUUAUGAAAGACAUCUUCGUGCUUUCCAUUCUGCCACAAGUACAAUAAAUUGCCUCACUACAGAAGGAUGGCUGGAGAAGAAAACUCUAUAAAGCUGAAAAUAAGAGUACUGUGCACAAGGAUUAAUAUUUCCCUUCUUAAGUAUCAAAAGAACCCUGGAGCAAAUCACACCAUUAGGGAGGUUUUCAUGAUUCGCUUUACUUUCUAAAAAUGAAACUCUCUCACCCAGCUGUGUUUGGAGGAGGAUCUACUUAUUAUUCCGUCCCUACUGCUUUCCCAACCAAGCUGUGAUGUGAAUGCAUGCGGCCAGGAGACUUGGGAAGAUCCUAGUCUGUCUUGCCAUCCUCCAAAUAGGAAAUUUCAGUGAAAAGCCAGCGUGCGGAGCAGCCUCAUUGGGCUCUUUGGAAACAUUAAAGUUGAUAAAACUCUGACAGGGUACAUUGUACUCUUUAAGAAUAACCAGUUCAGCUUAGCCAUCUUGUCGAAGGUUGCUGCAUGUUGGAAAAUAAGUAAAUAGGAAGCAAGUUCAACCAAGUGGCUAUGCAUGCAUAAUAGAAAUCAGCGUUGAAUUAACAGAAGUGAAAAUACGUGUAUUAAAAUGAUCUAUUUUUAAUUCACUAUGGUGUAGGUUUUUUUUGAAAUCCUAUAUAAACUCAUUAAGUCACACUAAGAAGCAGUAUUUGACUAGAUUAUAUUUGACGAGAUACUCAGCUAUGUGGUGUUUCUCAGUUUGUGUACAAGUAAACAUUUUAAAGGUAAAUAGCAGAUUUGUUGAGACAGAUAUUUAUUGGUUGCAGUACCAGCUACCUCACCAGCUGCUGCAGAGACGAGUGUGGAAAUUCUUUCUUUCUUUCUCUGGUGCUCUGUCUGGCCCCUUACUAGAUUAUAUGUUUUUGAAGAAACACCUCUUUUUCAUUUUUAGAUUUCCCAGAGUGCCUUGCACAUUACUAUGGGUUCUCUUUAGAUGAGCUGCCUGAUAACAUAAUUUUAUUAUUGUGAACUGGGAAUUUGCUUACCAGACAACUGACAACAGUUAUGUAAUUACUGUCAAAAAGAACUCAGACUGAUGGUUCCAAAACCAAAGGCAUCAUUUUUUGGUAGACAUUCCCUAACAUUUAAUUGACUUACGGUUAGUAACCCAAUAAAAGAAGUUGACUCA